AUGGCCACAAACAUUACCUUUGAGGCCGGCGAGCCCCCAAAACGGCCCGUCGUGGCCUACUCGUCCCUCCCCGAGCUCUCCGCGCCGUUCUUCAUCGAUCCAGCAUCUCGGUCGUACAAGCACCAAUACUCAAACAUAUACUUUGUGCGGCUUAUCGAGCUGCGGCCCAUUGUGGAGGAGCACGCAGCCGAGCGCUGGGCCAACGUCCGAGGCAAGCCGCCGCUCCUCCCGCGCAUCCUGAACCUGCAGCGCGGGCAGCUGUGUUACAUCGUCGGUACGGUGUACAUGGACAUGCCGCUCAAGCCGAAUGUUUUAGAGGAGAUGGCGCGGAGUCAUUACGUCGCAGCGCCACCUGUGCGACCUAAAUUCUUCUCGGUGCAGGACUCGGUACACAUCGAAGACGAGAGCGGGCGCGUGCGCCUCGUUGGCCCACGUAUCCGUGAAGAGCAGGAGAAGCGAGGCGGGAUCGUCACGGGCGUGAUUAUGGGCGUGUUGGGAGUCGAAACGGGUGGGGGCGACUUCGAGGUCGUGGAUCUGUGUUACGCCGGCAUGCCGAGCGUGUUCAAGCCCGCCGCGAAUGGGAAAAGCAAGGAGAGGGAGGAUGCGAUGGACGUGGACGGGAGGGGGGAAAAGACGUGGGUCGCGCUCGUGAGCGGUCUCUCCAUCGGGACGGAGGUGGCAAUAUUGGAUAUGAAGGCGCAGCUGCUGGUCGAAUGGCUCAUGGGCGAAGGAGGGGGUGUUGAGGACCGGCACAUUGGGGAGCGGAUAGCGCGGCUUGUGCUGGUGGGUAACUCGUUGUCGAUUCCUGUGGUCAAGGACGAUCGGUGGCAAAAGAAGGCCCAAGCCGUCGGCAUUGCGCCACACAUACCCAACCACCCGACCAAGGUACUGGCCAGCAUGCUUGGAGACCUCCUCGCGUCGUCACUGCCUGUGAAUCUGAUUCCGGGCGCCGAGGACCCAGCAGGUGCCCUCCUCCCGCAGCAGCCGAUGCCCAAGGUCAUGUUCGGAGGAAAGAAGAUGGAAGGGUUGGAAUGCGUCACGAACCCCACAUGGCUGGAGGUCGGUGAACGGAGCCUGCUUUGUUCCAGCGGACAGGGCAUCGACGACAUCUUCAAGUACCUUCCAGGAACACAGCGGCUGCGCAUGGCACGCCGUACCCUCGAGUGGCGGCAUCUCGCUCCAACAGCACCCGAUACGUUGUCCGUCUAUCCAUACCCUGACGCGGAUCCGUUCAUCAUCCAUCACCGGCCCGACAUCUACGUGGUGGGAAACCAGCCUGAAUUCGAGACCGAGUUGGUAGGCGACGAGCCGACGCGUAUCAUCCUCCUCCCCUCCUUCGCCCAGACCGGAACGCUCGCCCUCGUCUGCCUCGAAACCCUCGAAGUCAAGACUGUGACCUUCGAGGUACCCCAGUGGGCUGGCGACAUGCCCGCAGCCUAA